AUGGCACUUCCGAUCAAAAGAGUCGCGGUUAUCGGUGCUGGUCCGGCUGGGGCUAUCACAAUCGAUGCAUUGACCGAGGAGAAGAAGUUUGACGUUAUCCGUGUUUUCGAAAGACGGGAGAAGGCUGGAGGCAUCUGGAUUAGAGACGAGAAGGAACAACCCAAGAUACCAAAUCUUCGCGCAUUGAUUGAACAUAGAGCUGAUCUACCAAUUCCGAUCCCGACCCAAUUCCCGACAAUUACGUCGCAAGAACCAGAGAUCAAUGGCAAGGAACAUCGUUACACGUACACACCAGUCUACCCUGGAAUGAUUUCGAAUAUAGAUGAACGGAUAAUGGCUUACAGCAAAGAACCAUUUCCAACAAACAUAGACGCGGAUUCCAACGGGGUCAUUGAUCCCCGGGCACCAUUUCGUCAAAGUGAAGGCAUAAGAGAGUGGGUUGAGAGUUUGUUCAAUCGCAAAGGGUACCUCCACCAAGUCGAAUACAACACGUCAGUUGAAAAGGCAGAGAAGAAAGGUUCAGAAUGGAUCUUGACAUUGAGAAAAUCCUUACCUGGAGGAAUACACAAUUAUUGGUGGCAAGAAACGUUCGACGCACUCGUGGUUGCAAGCGGACAUUAUAGUAUACCGCGCUUUUCUGAAGUUCCCGGCCUCGUGGAAUUUGUAGAAAACCACCCCGGGGUUGUUGAGCACAGCAAAACAUACCGCGGACCGGAGAAAUAUCGUGGGAAGAGAGUUGUCACAAUCGGCGCUUCUGUGUCUGGGACCGAUAUAACGAGACAGAUUGCUACCGUCGCAAAGUCACCAGUGUAUGGGUCGAUACGAGGACCGCAUCGAGUAUACGGCAUUGUUCCCUUUGAGCAUCCUCAUAUCGCGCUGAAGCCAACCAUAUCUCGUGUUUCUACAUCUAAAAAUCGGAGAACGGUAUACUUCUCUGAUGGCACCAAGCUUGAUGACGUGGAUUACAUUAUUUUUGGGACGGGAUUUGACUUUAGUUUGCCAUUUCUUCCGUCGGUAAAGAUUGAGAACAGAAGAAUCUUGGGGAUAUACCAGCACGUAUUUAUGCAAGAUGAUCCGACGUUAGCCUUUGUGGGGGCGGUGUCGGCUGGCUUUACGUUCCUGGUGUUUGAGUGGCAAGCAGUUGUAGUGGCUCGAUUCCUCGCUGGGCGUAUCAUUCUUCCACCAAAAUCUGCACAGAAAAAAUGGGAAGAGGAUCGUUUAGCAGUUCGUGGCGAUGGGCAGCCUUUCUUCAAGAUAGCACCCGACUUUGAAGCCUACUUUGAAGCUCUUCGACAGUUGGCCGGCGACCCAGGCCCUGGAGUUCCAGGAAGACGACUGCUGAAAUGGGAUCCUGCUUGGCUUCAAAUUGCAGAGCAAACGAUGAAACUAAGGAUAGAAAACUGGAAGAGAACAUCGGCUGUUGCGGAAGCGCAGUUUGUAGAGGGGCAAACUGCAAAUGGUCAGCAGCAGAAGGAGCCCCGAGACACUAGAAGGACCGAAAGACUGGCUCGUUUGUAG